AUGCCAGUACCUGCUCCUUCUACCCCAAGACCUCGUGUGCCUAGUCGUGUUGAUAAUGACCGUAACAUACAUGUUCAUCCUCGUCUUAGACAAGUGCUGCGACUUGAACCUAUUUUGCACAUGGUCUAUCCUCAACUGACAGCCGACGAGAUGUCUCAACGUUUUAUCAUGACUGUGGGCUAUGCUAUUGAUGCUCGCUUGAGGUGGGAAUCUUUAGCAGCUAUUACGUGUAUUGCUCUCGAAUUUAGUCUACCCAUAACCAUUCCGAUUGAUCCCAUCGAUUAUCCUGUUUACUUUGUAUGGAUGCGUACGCCGGAUCAGCACCCCAUGUCCGAUUCCGUUCCGUAUGUCAUGCUCUUCCACGUUUUUGGCGGCGGUAGCGCGCACAGUGCAUCUUUGCGCGUGUCUUCAUUGGCAGAUAGAUUGGUCAGAAUGCUCAACACCAGUGUGCAUGAUUCAGUCGUUCAAUAUCCAGACGAAGCAAUGGCAUAUGUCGAUUUGAAGUGCAACAAUUCGAGGCGCUUGGUUGGUAUGAUCCACUUUCGAGAUAUAUUUGCCCCUACCUUUGCGCGCAUUCAGAAUGAUUGCCAAUCCGAGCGCGUUGAUAAUGCAUUUGUCUUUGAUGGUCGGUUCAUUACUAUUACUCCAACAAGUAUCAGGCCUUCGUACCAGUAUUUGCGUGCUACCUUAGAUGACAUACGUGAACAUUACCCACAAAUGAAUCGGUUGAGUGUAUCCGAGUCCGAAUGCCACGGACUGGUGCCCUUUCCAUAUGGAAAACUACGCGUUUAUGGUAAAGCAAUAGCAUCAAGAUUAGCAACUGGGUUAACAACAAGAUCUCGCCCUUAUUGUCUUGAUGGUAACUUGAGUCUUGAACGGCGGGAUGUUGCAAACAAGCGACCUCUUGAUCUACAACUGGCUUUUAAAGUCGCACUAGCCUUCAAUGAUGUUAAGGAUAAGGAUAAGGAUAAAGAUGGGUCUAUGUCGUGGAUAACAUAUAACUUACUUCUUCAUGAUUAUAUAGGAGAGCUAAUCUCCUCUCCUAUCAAUACUCUACCACCACCCGAGAGCUUACAAGUCUUACUCGUCUGGGAUGAGUCGUCUGAUGAAUCUCGUUUCCGGGAGCACGGCGCUUUCUCUAUUAGUUUCCACGUUCACGGCGGUGGUCUAGGUCAUCGUCAGGCAUUAAGGUUGUCUGCUUUGAUGGACCACUUUUCCCAUGAAUAUCUCCAUUCAGAUUGCAUGACGCAUUCGUGGGAGAAUGUCGUUGAAUGGUUGCGUGUAUGGAGUCUUUAUUACAAGACAUACCAGUUCCUAUUUAACAGGUACUGUUGUGUGUACCGAAUCGUUUCGCCAGAAGUUCGAGAUGGUUACAGCUGCUUGCUCGACUUUAACAUCUGA